AUGAAAAGCCGUAACGUAAAUUUUCUUUAUGUUUUUCUAUUGAUCUCGACAGUAUGGAUACAACUCGUACCUGCUUCCAAAUUAAUUCGUAAUGGUCAAUCCUGUCUCCAACAUCCGGAUACUGCAUCAACUUCUUGCGUCCCACUUUCCCAAACAUCAUGUCCCGUUAACAGAUUCAUUGAUGUUCCAAAAUCAAUUAAAUGGAAUAUUAUACCAAUUGAUCCAUCUAUAGCAUUAGAUUCAACAAAUUCAACCGAAAUUUUUAUUGAAUCAUCUGAUAAUAAACUUUGUCUUGCCACUUCAUCAAAUGGUGUGCAGGUUUGUCCGUGCGAUCAAAGUAUUACACAAAAAUGGAAAUUCAGUAAUAAUAAUUUAAUGAGUAGUGCUAAAGUUGGUCAAUGUUUGGCUGUUCUUGGAAAUCAAUUUGGUUUAAAUACUUGUCAAGCUGGUGCUGAUACUAUGUCUUGGAAACCUUAUCAUGUCGCUCCAAACGCCGUUAACUUUUAUCCAAGUACAUUGUUCUUGGGUAAUUAUACUCAAUUAACAGUAGACACUUAUACAUCUCAAAAACUUCCUCCUUCCAUGUUUUCAUCUCCAUUUUCUAUCGAAAUUCCUCCCGGCUUCCAAUUCAUUGUUGAUCGUGGAAAUAAUAAUACAAUAACUUAUACUUCCGAUAUGGCUAAUGUUUCUCCUAUCAAUGAUAAAACUGCUACUAUAAUGGUCAAAUUAAAAUCUGGAAUGAUUAUUUACGAACUUGCAAAUUAUUUUGGUCCAAGUGAACAUUUUGAUGUUGGAACUUUUGUUUCUACUUCAAAAACUGUUGGUUCUGUUAUGAUACCUUCAAAUUCGAGAGCUAUUUCGAAUUUUUCGGGAAAUAAUUUAGGUUUAUUUGAACCAAUUCAUAGUUUUACCGGUGUUUUAGUUGAUUCUAGUCAAGUUUCUUUUGUAAGUUUGGAUAUUUCUCAAGCUACAUGUAAAAAUGAGUGUUCUUCUGGUGGUUUUUGUUCAGUUAACAAUGUAUGCGUUUGUAAACCUGGAUUCACCGGCUCACAAUGUGAUCAAUGUGCUCCUGGUUUCUGGGGCACAACAAAUAAUAGUCAAAUGACUUGUGACGAUGGGUUAUUUGGAACUGGUAAAUGUAAAUGUGCUACUGGAUUUAAUGGACCGAACUGUAAUACUUGUGAUUCCGGAUUCUUUGGUCCAAACUGUACACCAUGUGAUUGCGGAAAUGGCGUAUGUGACAGUCAAGGCAAAUGUACUUGUAAUGCAGGUUGGGAUCCAAAUACCAAUUGUAAAGUUCCAAAAACGGGUUACUUCCAAUCGGGUAGCGAUGCCAAGGCGUGCCCAAUAGGGUGUGCAAAAUGUGAUUCUCAGACCGGAAAAUGUACAGAAUGUUUAGCCGGUCUAAACUUUGCUACUGAUAAUCCAAAUCAAUGUGUUCCUCAAUCCCCUGUUAAUUGUCCUGACGGUCAAUUUCCUGAUACAAAAAAUGGAAAUACUUGUACACCUUGUAAUCCUGAUUGUGUUACUUGUUUUGGUCCUGGACCUGAUAAUUGUUUGAAAUGUGCUCCACCAAGAUUUUAUUUGGAAGGAAAAUGUGUUAUUCCUGCGCCAAACGGAAAAUGUGUUUCUCCACUUGGCAAUCAGGCGUUCGUUGCUAAUGAUGCUCAAAGAAUUUGUGAUG